GAAUUCAUCUAAAUUAACACAUAGUUUUAAGAAAAUUAGUGAAUAUUAUUUAAUUAAAAUGACUACAAUUGCAGAUUUAUUUACAAAAUAUAAUUGUACAAACUGCCAGGAUGAUAUACAGGGCAUUCGUGUUCAUUGUGCAGAAUGUGAAAAUUUCGAUUUGUGUCUACAAUGUUUCGCUGCUGGUGCUGAAAUAGGUUCUCAUCAAAAUAAUCAUGCUUAUCAAUUUAUGGACACUGGUACCGCUAUUUUGUCGGUAUUUCGAGGUAAAGGUGCUUGGACAGCUAGAGAAGAAAUACGGUUAUUAGAUGCUAUUGAACAAUAUGGCUAUGGAAAUUGGGAAGAUGUUAGCAAACAUAUUGAAACAAAAUCAGCUGAAGACGCCAAAGAAGAAUAUGUUAACAAAUUUGUUAACGGCACCAUAGGCCGCCAUACCUGGACCCCAGCUCAAGCACAAAGACCCACGUUGAUUGAUCAUACCUCCGAGGAUAACGGACCUUUAGGCGCAACAGCAAUGCAACGCCUACCACCGUUGGAUAUAACCGCAGAAGAGGCUGCCCAGCUGGGUUAUAUGCCGAAUCGUGAUAGUUUCGAACGUGAAUAUGACUUUACGGCUGAACAAUUGAUAUCGACAAUGUCACUUAACACUGAUGAUACUGAGGCGGACUACUUACUUAAAUUGGCUCAUGUUGAUCUCUACACUAGGCGUCUAAGGGAAAGAGUGCGUCGUAAACGUUUAGUGCGCGACUAUCAAUUAGUUGCGAAUUUCUUUCGCAAUCGAAACUAUGCUCAGUAUCCUGGCCUUUCCCGUGAACAAAAAGAUUUCCGUGACCGCUUUCGUGUGUUUGCCCAGUUCUAUACUGCCAACGAGUAUGAGCGUUUGUUGAACUCUUUAGAACGGGAAAAGGAACUACGUAUACGUUUGUCGGAGCUGUGCCGUUACCGUUACAACGGCUUGACAAAAAUUGAUGAGUGUCGUCACUUUGAGCAGCAUGCUGCUAUGGCGGCUAAUCGUUCAACUGGUCCUUAUGGACAUGGAAAGACUGACAAUAUGCAUCACAGCACUGGAAAUCAUCGGCAGCCAGAGUAUUCCUUGCACUCCCCUCAGCACAGCCAACGAAAACUCGAAAUGCCAAACGGAAGCGAAAAUUCAAAUUCCAUCGCACCAAAAAACAUGCACCACACAGGCGACCAGAUCUCCUACGUCGGAUCAUCGCUCAACAGAAAUUACUUGGAUAGCUAUCGGGGAUCACCGGCACAUACGACGAUGACGACGACUAUGGCAACGGCGAUCAAUUCAACCAUAACACCGACUGCCGGUCUAUUAACAACCAACCUAACAACGUUGAUGAAAACACAAACGAAUACCAAUCAGAAUCAGCAACCCCACCUCCAGCAAUUGCUUACCGGGUCAGCGAAGAACGCACCACAGUUGCAGAUAAACGAUGUCGUACUAACAAAUCAAAACGUGGAAAGGCUGCCACAAAUGCAAGAAAACAACAAUCCCACACAAAACAAUUCAAACGGCCAAAGAGGACAACUGUCAAUAGCAUCACCAGCUAUGCCGAUGAGUAGUAUUUUGCGUUCGCAACUGGACGAAUUAAAACAUUUAACUCAACCAUUAGGCAUACAUCUUUUAUCGAGCAAUGAACAACAACUAUGUAAAGUAUUUAACUUGCCACCCACAACUUAUCUGUCGCUUAAAACGCUAUUGUUAAGUGGUGCACCAGUAGCUUCCAACAAUCUGUCGCCAGUUGAGAGUUCAUUACGUAAGUAUUUCAUUAAAGUCGGUUGGCUGAGCCAUUAGAUUUUUCUUUAAUAAUGGAACAGAUUACACAAAAACAAAAAGACAGUAACUAAAUUUAUAUUUUAAACUAAUUAUAUAACUUUUUCUAUUACACAUAACUAAGAUUUUUAUUUACAUUUAUAAUUUUUAUAUGUAUUCUUAAUUUACUUAUUAUUUAUUUUAAACAAAUCGACCACCAAUUUAUCAUUUCGUUUCUCACAUUGUGUGUCUGCUAUUUACCCAUUUUUUAUUAUACAAUUCAUACCAUUUUUCAUAACAUUAUUAUUUUACUUUCUUUCCAAAUUCAUUGAGUUUAUUAAAGUAUUUGGAUAAACAUUUUAUUUUUAUUAGAAAAUUAAAUACUAAAAAUUCUGCCAAACAAAUUCUGAAAAGAAUUUCACACUGGCUGCAAUUGUAAAUACAUUAACCACAUCUUUUUAAAUUAAAUGGGUCGAUUAUGGAUGUCAACCGAACUUCAGUUGCUUUGUGAGAGGGCAACCGCAAAUUUGUGAUCGCUGUAUUGUGGAAACUGACAACGCAACUUUAGUUCGGUUGCCAUCCAUAAUCGACCCAGAAGUUUUAUUAAUAAUUAUUUUUAUGCAUUGUAUUAUUACUUGUAUCAAGUUAUAUAUUAACUUUAUGAUUAUUUCAGUCACUAUAAAGAAUUAGCUUUGGUUAUUAAAAUAAGAUUUCUACACUAUUAAAACUAGAAAAUAUAUAUACUAGUUUAUCUAAUUAAAAAAAAGUACUAGGAAUUUAUGUAAAUAAAAUAAAUGGAUAACAAAUUAAA